GCAUUCUAUUUCCUCCUAGUAAACAGAAAGUUGUUUCUUCCGUCAAGGAAAUACGUUAGGGGAAAAUUGACAACAAGGAAAUAUUUAAAAAUGCUUUUAAUUGGUUGUUUGAUGAUUUUACUGCUGGGCAGUUCAUAUGGAAUGACUACUGGAAGUCCAACAACGGAAUCUCCUACAACACGGUCUCAAACGACAGAGGCUCCGACGACGAAAACCCACACGACUCAGAAACCAACGAUACCUCCACAAACGACAGCUGGGGUGAACUCAAGCACUAUGACUCCAGAAGCAGAAUGUGCAGUACGGACCAGCGGUUGUAAUGAUUGUUUAAAAUUGGCCAAGUGUAUGUGGUGCAAAUCAAAGAAUUCCUGUCUGUUAUAUCCAUCUGGAGACAUCCUGCCUCACUCCUCACUUUGCCCCCUGGAUGAUGCCCGUUGGGGAGUUUGUUGGGUGAACUUCAAAGUUCUCCUCAUUGUGAUGGGAUGUAUCGGAGGUAUCAUAGUCCUGGCCAUCGCUAUCUGUAUCUGUUGCUGUUGCUGCAAGAAGAACAGCUCAGCAAGUUAUGCCAAAGAAGAGGCUAAAGUUGAAAGGAAAAAGAUGGAACGCAAGGCUAAAAGUGAUGAAAGGAGAGCUGAAAGGAAGAGCAAGACAGAUGAAAUCAGGAGAAAGUACGGUCUCAUCAAGGAUGACAACCCCUACUCCAGAUUUGAUGCUUAGUUCGGCAAUGAAAGAAACAUUCCAGUUACAAGUGCUGUUUCUGAUACCUGUAGUACACAGUCUUCUUUAGAAAUAAUUCUUGAACUGUUUUUUUUUUUGUACAACUCAGUAAAAAAUUUGUAAAAUAUAUUAGGUAUCAACAAAAAUAAUCCUUUCAUUAAGGAAGAUAGGCUAUGUUUAGCGGAUUGAAGUAUUGACUUUUUUAAAUAUUGAAUAGCCGUUCUUUGAAAAAUCAAAAGUUUUGUUUUUAUAUGUAUAUGAGUUGAAACUAUUUGCCAGUUUGCUGCCGGAUAAGAAAAUGUUUCUGUGAUGUUUAUUUAUACUGCAAUCAAGUGUAUUAUACUGAACAUUAAAGUUAGAAAAAAACUGAAAAUAAUUAAAAUCGCAAUAUAUUGUUGAUGUACAUGUUCUAUAAUGUAUAUGAAAAUCAAGCUGGAACAUUAGAAACCUAACUAUAAUUUAGAUGUUUUCACUUUAUCAGUGAAACCUGUUUCAACAGAAACCCUGAGGAUAAAUACAUCAGAUGUCCUUAUUGUCUAUUUUUGAUAAAAUUCUGUAAAUUCUUAAUCACACAUCAGAUGGUGCUGUGAAAUUGCCAUAUUUAUUGUCCCAAGAUUUAAAAAUGAAACAGUGUAAUAGUACACACAUAUCAUAGUAGUUUGGAGCUUCUGAUGAAUUUUGUUUGUCAGACGACUCCAUGGACGUACAUAUGAACAUGUCUUGAGUGUGUUUAAUGUUAUCUGAUUAUAUGUAAUAAGAAAUGUCUUCGUAUGAGAAAAUAUGAUUAUCAUGAAGAUAGCUUAUGUUAAAUAUUGAUUCCAACAUGCUGAGUUUUAAUGUAGGUCAAAUAGAAAUUUUAACCACUGAAACGUGAUAAGGUAUUGGAUCCAAGUUUGGGGUUUGUAGCAAAGGCCUGGAUAAGUGCAUAGGAUCAAAGUUGAAUUUUGUUGUUUCAUUUAACAACUUGUACAUCUGUUGUUACAUCCUUAUGUCAUAUAUUGGAUCAAUGUUAUGUGAUAUUUCUUGUUCCAUCUGUAGAUAGUGCCAUUGUUUUUUGUGAUGUUGAAAAGCAAGAAAAUUUAUGUGUCGUGCUAAAAAUUUAGGUACCGUUUGAUGGUGGUAUUCGUUUUUGAUUUGAUAAAAAUAGCAUUACUUUAAGAUAAUCUUUGUGAAUUUUUCAAUUUAUGGACAAUGUUGCUUGAUCAUCAUUAUCAUCAUACUUUUUUUGACAUCUAACAACCACCCCCCUUCCUUUUUUUUGUGGAGAACAUAUUUGAUUUGCUGAGUGAACUUUUAAAUUUACAUUCCUAAUUCAUUGUCAUUUGUUGUGAGUUCAGUGAGUUCCUCAUGCUACAGUCUGUUUUCAAUAACAAAUUUUUAAGUACACGCAACUCUUCAGUAGUAUUGUCUAUAUUAAAUCCGUUCACAUUUCCUAAAUAAGUUUGGGUAUAUGUAUAUAUUCCCUUCACCCAUUUUUUUCAAAAUUGGCUAACAAUAUACAUAUUACUUGUUGAAAUAAGAUGGUCCACCAUUAACGUGGUGUGGCUUUAUGAAAACAAUUUUUAUUUUAGCCACACCGAGACAAAGCAGUGGAGGAUUAAAUUUCAUUUCACUCUGAGCUGCUGGUACUCUCCCCAACAUAUUAUGAGCCUCCAGAUUCUUCAUUCUUGAAAGAACAAAAUAUGCUAAAGCAAGUUGUGGUUAUAUGUGCAAAAUCUUCCAAGGUUAACAGGAAAGUCUAAUUUGACAAUGAAACAGACACUGUUCCAUGUUGUAUUCUUUGCACGACUCAUAAUUGACAUCUUAAUUUAUCACUUAUUUUUUAAACCUUUUUUGAUGUAUGCCUUCCUGAAUUUUGUUGGCACUAUUUGUUUGCUUCUUUCCCUUGAAUUCAUAGUUGAAUACAGGUACAGUGUAUAAGUGUAAAAAUGUUAAAAAUCAUUCCGUUACAACUAACAUCAUAUCACUACAAUAAGCAGAUGCUUUGUUAAAAUUCUAACCAGUUUUGACAUGCCACUAUCUGUAAGCAGACUUAAUAUCAAACAUUUUGUUUAAAUUUAUUAUCAGUUUUGUUUUUUAUUAUACUCAAGAUUAUAGACCCACUUCUUUGAAAUGAAAGUUUUCUCAAUUUAAAUUUUUAAAAGAGUUCUUCAAAUAAAUAUGACAAUUUAAAUUAUAUUUAGAAUGAAAGAAUGAUAGAUUUACAAAAUGAUUAAAAAUCACAAUGAUAAAAUGGAUUUAUCUCCUCUUAAAAUUAUAAAGUGUUUGUUAGUCCGUCAAUAUUUGAGUUGGUCGGUCAACAAUUGAAAUUAUCUAUAUAACAAUACACAGAAGGAUAUUCUAUAUUUUUAAUGGGAGAUAACUCUGUGUAUCUUAUCUUAGGUAUUUUAGAUAAAUAAUGCAGUUUGCUUAAAUUAUUGUUUUGUGCAAUUUGAACCUUUCAUUAUUCAUAUCAGUAAAAUAUGUUUCAUUGUACAUUUCCAUCAUCACCUUAUGAAUGUUACUUUAUUUAUUCUGCUAUUUUCAUCGGUGUUUUACUCAUGUUUAAUAUGUGGCCAACACUCUUUAAAGCAUUGUUUAACAUAUUUUCUGAUUGAAAACUGUAGAUAUACCUAUUUCAGUGAAAGCCUUUAUCUGACCACAGGAAUUCAGGGCCUAUUUAGAUAUACAUAGAAGUCGAUUGUUACUAUACUCUCAAGUAACAACCAGAAAACUCUGAAAAAUACAUAAAAAAGAAAUAAUUAUGAAAUCCUGAUAUCAGAUAGAGUUUAACUGAACAAGCUCUAAUUAUAUUUCAGCUGUUUUCUGCAAGCAAGAAAGCAUUUCAUGUACAUUUAUAACCACUAAAUAUGACAUCUCUAAUUUACUAUUGUCUAUAAUUUGAGGCUUGUCCUAUAUUAGCUGGAAUAAGGUGUACAUUUAUAUAAAUUCUUUAUCCUGUUUGAGGAAAAGUAUUUAUAUGGAAGUACCCCAUUUCUGUUGAUAUGUCUUUGGUAUUUAAAAGUAUCUGAAAUUUUUGACACAUUGGCAUUUAAUAUGUUGUUUUGUAUUUCAUGCCACACCCAGAACAGAGGUUACUGACUGGGAAUGAUUUAUCUUAAUUGCACAUAGUCAUUGUGUACAUGAAAUACAAAAUAUAAAUUAUGAUUACCUGGUUUCAAUUUUUCAUGAAGAAUUUUGAUGAUGCCUAUUUGAGUCCGUUGAUUAGAGUUUCCAUUAACAGACUCUGCAUUCAGAUUUUCUGUACUGAAAAUUUUCUGUAAAAAAUAUAAGAACAUUUUACAUUUUGCAAAAGAUGUCACAGUUUGCUGAAGCUGUCCUUUAUCAGCCCAAAAUUUUGCAGUGUUUCACAUAUUGAUAACAUCAUAUCCGGAAUUAGUGUUACUAAGCAACAUAUUGUUUUUAGGUAUAUAAAAUAGAGAAACAAAGCCAGGUUGUGAUAGUGUUAAUUACUUGCCAAAAUAUAUAUAUAUAUAUAUUUGUACAAAGCUUAUUUUAUCUGAAAAAAAUAUGAAAAUAAAAUCAUGCCUUAUAA